AAAUACUGAGACCCUGGUUUGAGAGCUACAUUAGUGGAGCUGCAGAAUAAACACCACCACUGACUCAAGCACAAGGAAUGUUGUUGAUAUUGUGGUUGUGACGUCACACCGUGCGGGACGAGAACAAGGCCGGAUGUUAUGAGCGCGUGAUUGAUAGUUCCGGGCCGGGGGACCCGGUGGUGCGUGAAGCUAUGGGGCUCGAGUGGAGUAGCCCCGGGGAGAGGCAGCCGUUAUUGUUCCCUGGUGGUCCCCGCUCUCCCCGUGUGUUCGGGCGGCGCUGGUUGGUGCUGCUUCUGUUCUCGUUACUGGCCUUUUUACAGGGCCUGGUGUGGAAUAGCUGGGGACCCAUUCAGAAUUCGGCCAGGGCCGCCUACAACUUUUCUGGAUUGGAUAUCGCUUUGCUUGUGCUAUGGGGCCCCAUCGGCUUCCUGCCCUGUUUCUUCUUCAUGUGGCUCAUGGACAACAGAGGUCUACGAAUCACUGUGCUUCUCACUGCGCUCCUUAUGGUUCUUGGUGCUGGACUGAGAUGUGUUCCUGUGGAGGAUUUAGCAAUCAGGAGAAAGCUGAUACAUGGAGGACAACUGCUAAACGGUUUUGCUGGUCCAACAGUGAUGAAUGCCGCCCCUUUCUUAUCUACCACCUGGUUCUCGCCAGAUGAACGCACUACUGCCACGGCCAUUGCAUCAAUGUUAAGUUACCUGGGCAGAGCCUGCGCGUUUUUGGUUGGACCUCUGGUUGUUCCUGCUCCCAACUCCACCUCAGGCCUUCUCUUGUAUUCUGGGAGCACUGGUGUAAUCAAAGAUCGUAUUGAAGCGGUCAUGUAUGCAGAGUUUGGAAUAAUCUUUGUGGUAUUUGCUGCCAUACUGGCCUACUUUCCUGCUCGCCCACCUGUACCCCCGAGUGUUGCUGCUGCCAGUCGCCGUCUCGGCUACAGGACCAGCAUCUGUAGACUGCUAAGCAAAAUGCAUUUCCUACUGAUUGCGCUGGUGUACGCCAUACCACUAGGAUUCUACGCAGGAUGGUCUGGGGUCCUGGACUUGAUUUUAACUCCUGUUCAUGUCACACAGGUCGAUGCUGGCUGGGUGGGAUUCUGGUCGAUUGUGGGUGGCUGUGUGGUUGGCAUCUCAGUGGGAAGAUUUGCAGAUUCUAUCAGAGGGGUGCUGAAGCCAAUUCUCCUGCUGCUGUUUUCGGGGGCAACUCUCUCAGCAACAUGGUUCACACUCACCUUUUUGAGCAAUUUCACUCACCUGCCUUUAACCACAGCAACACUGUACACCUCUUGCAUCCUGAUUGGUGUCUUUUUAAACGGCACCGUUCCUAUAUUCUUCGAGCUGUUUGUGGAGACUGUAUACCCCAUUCCAGAAGGGAUUACAUGUGGAGUCGUCACUUUUCUAAGCAACAUAUUUAUGGGAGCCCUGUUGCUGUUCCUCACGAUGUACCAUACAGACCUGUCCUGGCUCAACUGGUGCCUGACCGGCUCGUGCUUCCUCAGCCUCCUCUUCAUCGUCUGUUUCAGGGAAUCCUAUGACAGGCUCUACCUUGAUGUCUUUGUCUCCGUGUAGCAGUGCUGGACUGGGCUGCAUAACUCCUUCUACAUUUGCACAAUGGGUUGGGGGGCGGUGGGGACUCUACGCACACCCCAUGCGUCUCCUGCCGGGAAACUCCCAACUUUGUUCUGAGUGUUUUCUAUGAACUGAAAUUGAUGUUCCGUAGGUGUUAUAAUGAUAAUUGUAUCAUUGUGGGAUUAAUGAUGUGCUCGUUUUAAUUAAGAUUUAUUUUAACUUGGUCAGGGGUGGUGGAGAAUCUCUGGUUGGGUCAAAAGGCAUUUUUGGUCUUCAGCAUUUAAGUAUUUUUAUAUGAUUUCCCCCUCAGUGGGACUUACUGCUGCCUGAAGGCAUAUUGGCUGCAAAGCUAGAUUUAUAUUUGUAUUCCUUCUGACAUUCAGCCAAAUUUCUAGUUGGUAAGGUUAGGAAGCCUUUUCGCAAAAUGUCAGCAAAAAAAAGCUUUAAAGUUUUUCAUGUUGCCUUAGAAUCUUAUUUUCUGCAGUAUACAAAAUGUAAUACUGACUUCCCCUUUAAAGUGCUUUAAAAAAAAAUCUAAGUUAAGCAACUCCUCAAUAUACAGCCAUUGCACAUUUGCAGUUGCUCCUUCUUCACAGACCUGUUAAUCACAGGACAUGAACAGCAUUGUGGGAGCUGAGGUCUUGGCUCCAGUAGAACUCGCUACUGCUGCUGCGUUUCAUUGGUGCUUGUAGUCAGAACCAGCAAUGCAAAGAAGAGCAAAGGAACGACAACUUUAAACCCAAUAAGAAUGGGGAAUGAAUGGAUAUUGGGAAAUUCCUUCAAAUUAUAUUCUCUUUAACCAGGCAAAAAAAAAGUUUGGGGUUUAAUAUCCACUUUAGUGGAAGUAUAUAUUUGUACUAGAGCUUUACUUGUUGCCUACUACUUACUGAGAAAAUGCCAAUGGCAGGUGGCAAUGAGGAGGCAUGAAAUCCUUAAGCAAAAGCAAGCCUUUCUGAUUGGCUGUCCCUGUGUUAAAGGACCAGGCCUCCCAGUAAUCAGAAUGAUCCUGAAAAACAAAAUCAGCAGUCUCUUCUCAUCCCAGGUGGGCCCGUAUUUUAUCUUGCUGCUUAAACCUCCGUAUAAUGUCAGCAAUUUACUAAUACAUUUUUGUAUCCCUGAGAUAUAACUGGUUAGAUGUGAAAUGUUAGCAAUUGCUGACUUCAUUGAGCCCCCUUUUCUACCCAAUUGAUGACAUUUGUUACUUCUUAUUCUCUCUGCAGAUACAGGGGCAGAUUUAUUUAUCAGACUUGGGAGAAAAGGCCCAGAAUGCACAGGGUCGGGGGUUGGUGAUUCGUGUAGAUAUUGCUCACUGAUUAAAUUGUGUUACUGGCAAGCACAGGCACCCAUGAGCACAACAUUUAAAGGAGAUGGAAAGUAAUUUUAUACUUAGGGGUGCCAAAAGUUAGACACCCCCAAGUUAUUGUAAUUACUUACCAGACACUCUGGGAAGGUGCUUCUAUCAGCAGAAAAACUGCUCCGGCCCGGGGUUCUUCCAUUGAGCAGCACUGAGCGAUCCUCUUGCUGCGUUUUCUUUCUUCAAGCGGGUGAGCAAAAAUCCGAACUCUAAGUUAUUUCAUUCUACUGCGCAUGCGUCUGCCCCAGGAAAUUUGAAGAGCGAAGAAGCAGGAAGAGGAGCGAUCCGUGGUGCUCGCUGGAAUAACCCCGGGUUGCUGCAGUUUCUGCUGAUAGGAGCACCAUCCUAGGGUGUCAGGUAAGUAAAUACAAUCGAUCAAUUGGGGGUGCCUAACUUUUGGCACCCCCAAGUAUAAAAUUACUUUCCUUCUUUAAUCCAUAUUGGGAAUGUCACUUUGGGUGCCUGCUGCAGCCGGAGCCAGACAUGUACCUCCCCUGAUAGGGGGAAUUAACCUGUGCCCAGUUGUAUGGAAUGGGAUUGGAACCCUGGGAUUGGCAGGUCAUUUUAAUCAAUGCCAAGUUCUUUCUAGUAUUGUGUUAUUGUCACUUUAACCCUUUAGCCAAUGAGACUGAUUCACUGUACAAUAUUCUGUCUGCGGGUGCCACUUAAUGGAUUCAUAGUUUACCAAAAUGUCACAUGUAUCCCCUGCCACUUGGAUGAAACCUUUGUGGGGUUGGAGGAUCCAGCAGGUACUUAAGCUCAUGGGUUGUGUGUGUGUGUGUGUGUGGGGGGGGGGGGGCUGUUGUGCCCACAUAUUAAUGCUGCUUAUAACCUGGGGGUAAGUGUCUCUUACACUGUGUGUAUGUUGUACAUAGAUGGCACAAGCCAUUCCCUGGUGUCUGUUUAACCCUUUUCCUUUGUUUUGUACCAACUUUUUUUAUCUUUUAUUUUCCAGUGAAAUAAAAUAAAUUGAAAACA